AGGACAAAGAACAUGCAGCUCUCUACCAUUCCUAUCUAUGCCAUCCUCUUGCUUGUGAACGUGCAGCUUUUCAGAGCUCAUCCCAUCAUCGAUCGUUUGACUGAGGAUGACGUCGACGUCUUAAAGCUGCUGCUCCACAGACUAGAGGAGUCUGUUCCCGAGCAGGUGGAGGUCCCCAGCAAAAGGCCGGGUGAGGAGCGUAAUAUGGACAUGGCCACGGAGGCCCGCAUUCAGGAGGACCCAAUUCAAACGAGCCUGGAUGAGGCCGCCAUCAGAGAGUUUCUGUCAGCCAAGAACUUAAAGUCCGUCCGAAAUGACUCCUUCAGGAGAUCCUCGAGCUGCUUCGGCCGACGGAUGGACCGGAUCGGCUCUAUGAGCUCCCUGGGCUGCAACACGGCCAGCAAAUACAAUCCAAGGAGAAGAUGA